AUGACCGGGUCAGUGGCAGGCAUGAUAUUGAGGGGACCGCAUAAGAUAAAAAUGCUAAGCUCGGUCAAUCUGAAUUUUCCGACCACCAACAACUCGGCGGAAUAUGAAGCCCUAAUAAGAGGGUUAAGAAUGGCAACAGUAGUCAAAGCAGAGUACAUCAAGGUUCAGAGCGACUCUAAACUGGUUGUGAACCAAAUAAGAAACACAGAAGCAGACACACUGGCAAAAGCCGGUGCAGCCAAAGAAACAAUACCAGUCGUACGAUCAUCGAUCCAAAAUUUCAAUAGCAUCAAGAAUCCCGAGAUGACAUUCCUGAUCAAUCUGCUAGAUCAAUGGAUGGAACAUAUCAUAACAUACAUAGAAAACGGGAGCCUUCCCGAGGACAAAAAAGAGGCAAGGAAAGUAAAGCGCCGAGCACCACAUUUCUCAUACCGAGAUGAUACCUUGUAUAUAAAGUCAUUUUUGUACCCAUGGUCCAGAUGUCUCACAGCCAAAGAAGGAAAAUAUGUCUUAGCCGAAAUGCAUGAAGGCAUUUGCGGAAGUCACAUCUCUCAUCUAGCACUCUGCGGAAAAGCGGUACUACAAGGUUACUACUGGCCGACACUGGCACAAGACGCAGCAAGCUUAGUGCAAAAAUGCGAGAAAUGUCAAUAUCAUCAAAAUGUACAUCAUAAACCCACAAUCGAGCAAAAUCCAAUAGUAAGUCCAUGGCCAUUCAGCAUAUGGGGUAUAGACAUCAUCGGCCCUUUCCCGACAGCAAGUGGGCAAAGAAAGUUCCUGAUUGUGGAUGUCGACCAUUUUUUUCAAGGAAUCGAUCUAAGGUUCACGUUGGUCACCCACCCCCAGACCAACGGAAUGACCGAGGUCACCAACAGAACCAUUGUUAACGGAACCACGCCGAAAGGCGGCACAGAAAGAACUCCGUACAGCUUAACCUACGGAUGUAAAACAAUGGUACCUGUAGGGAUAGGCAUGCCAACUAUCCAAGUACAAUACUUCGAUGAGCAACAAAAUGAAGAGAACACCAGAGUUUGCCUUGAUUUAUUAGAAGAACGAAGAGAGCAAGCAUUAAUGCACAUUGAAGCAUACAAGCAAAGAAUGGGUACAUAUCAUAACAAAAGGGUUAAACCUCUAACAUUUGAGGUAGGAGAUCUAGUACUACGAAGAGCCGACAUAGCAAGAGGUAACGCAUGA